UUUUUCUUGGUGACGUUGUGUCAUAUGAUAAUACAUGGCAGCAUUGAUUGUCGAUAUUGUUUCAUAAAUUAUGGCGAUUUAUGCGAGACUGUAGUGGAGCAAAGAUAGCAGCAUCAGGCUGUCCACUGAAUCCUUAGAGAAAGUUACACUUAUUGGUAGACCUGUAAAGGAGAAGAAACUUGGACCAGACUGAGUGAGACGGACACAACUGUUAAAGAUGGGGUCCAUGUUCCGUAGUGAGGAAAUGACGCUAUGUCAACUGUUCCUCCAGUCCGAGGCUUCGUAUGCGUGUGUGUCGGAGCUUGGUGAGCUGGGACUAGUCCAGUUCAGAGAUUUGAAUCCAGAUGUAAAUGCUUUUCAACGAAAGUUUGUGAAUGAAGUAAGACGCUGUGAUGAAAUGGAAAGGAAGCUUAGAUUUUUGGAGAAAGAAAUUAAGAAAGACGGUAUUCCAAUGUUGGAUACGGGUGAUAAUCCAGAUGCCCCUGCACCACGAGAGAUGAUCGACUUAGAGGCUACCUUUGAGAAGUUGGAGAAUGAAAUGAAAGAAGUCAAUGCUAACUCAGAGGCCCUGAAGCGGAAUUUUUUAGAACUCACUGAACUCAAGCACAUCCUUCGCAAAACACAGACGUUCUUUGAUGAGGCUGAACUUCAUCACUCUCAGGCCUUACAUGACCCAGCUCUCACCGAGGAGAACCUGGGCCUUCUGGGGGAGGAGGCCCAGCGUACCGGACAAGCUCUCCGGCUAGGGUUUGUGGCGGGCGUUAUUCUGCGAGAGAGGAUUCCAGCAUUUGAGCGUAUGUUGUGGAGGGUGUGUCGAGGAAAUGUGUUCCUACGACAGGCUGAAAUUGACAACCCUUUGGAGGAUCCCGUCACGGGCGACCAAGUAGACAAAUCUGUCUUCAUUAUUUUCUUCCAAGGGGAGCAACUGAAAUCUCGAGUAAAGAAGAUCUGCGAAGGAUUCCGAGCCACUUUAUACCCAUGUCCAGAAACACCAGCUGAAAGAAGGGAAAUGGCCAUUGGUGUGAUGACCCGUAUUGAAGAUCUGAAUACUGUUUUAAGUCAGACCCAGGACCACAGACAUCGGGUGCUGGUUGCUGCGGCACGUAACAUAAAGGUGUGGUUCAUCAAGGUUAGAAAGAUCAAAGCUAUCUACCACACCCUCAACAUGUUCAACCUGGACGUCACCCAAAAAUGUCUUAUUGCCGAGUGUUGGUGUCCAGUUGGUGAUCUUGACCGCAUUCAGCAGGCACUAAGGAGGGGCACGGAGAGAAGUGGCAGCUCUGUACCGUCUAUUCUCAACCGUAUGAUGACCAAGCAGGUCCCUCCCACUUACAACCGCACCAACAAAUUCACGCAGGCGUUCCAGAACAUUGUCGAUGCCUAUGGCGUGGCAAGCUACAGAGAAGUGAACCCAGCCCUGUAUACCAUCAUCUCCUUCCCGUUUCUCUUCGCUGUCAUGUUCGGUGACACUGGACACGGUAUCAUCAUGUUCCUGUUUGCGCUGGCCCUCGUGUUGAAGGAAAAACAGAUCCAGGCAAAGAAAAUUGAUAAUGAGAUCUUCGAGAUAUUCUUCAGUGGUAGAUAUGUAAUCCUGUUGAUGGGGGCGUUCUCUCUCUACACCGGCCUCCUCUACAAUGACUUCUACUCCAAAUCUGUCAACAUAUUUGGCUCUGGCUGGUACCCUAUAGACCCUCAAACCAAUAAUACAUAUACAUUGAAGACGUUAAAUGGAUCAGAGAAUCUUGUUCUCGAUGUCCGGACUAGCUAUGUCAACGGACCAUACCCAUUUGGUCUCGACCCGGUUUGGUCCACAUCAAAGAACAAGAUCACAGUGACCAACUCCAUUAAGAUGAAGUUAUCCGUGAUCCUCGGGGUAACUCAGAUGUUUUUUGGGGUCAGUCUCAGCUUCGUCAACAGCAGAUAUUUUAACAAACCGUUGAACAUUUACUGCGAGUUCAUUCCUCAAGUGAUCUUCCUCUUCUGCAUGUUUGGAUACCUCAUCAUUUUAAUCUUUGUUAAAUGGACGACCUUCACGUACAAGGACACUGGCAACGCUCCUAAUCUACUUAUAGGUUUGAUAAACAUGGUUCUGUUUUCCUAUGAUGACAAUGCCCAGCCCAGUGUUCGCACAUUUUAUGCAGGCCAGAAAGGAUUCCAGAUCUUCCUCGUAUUACUAGCCCUGGCCUGUGUACCGUGGAUGUGGUUCGCUAAGCCCUUCCUGCUACGACACUGGCACAGAUAUGGACAGUCCGGUACAUGUGGUAGGUCAACGUACCAGAGCGUUCCUCUGGGCGAUGAGGAGGAAGAGGAGGUCAUCUAUCACACUGACAACCCAGACAAGGCCAGUAAGGAUGAGGAGGAGGAGGAAUUUAACUUCGAGGAGAUCUUCGUCCACCAAUCUAUACAUACCAUUGAAUACUGUUUGGGCUGUAUAUCACACACAGCCUCGUACCUCCGACUUUGGGCUCUCAGUUUGGCCCAUGCUCAGCUGUCCGAGGUCCUCUGGAAGAUGGUAUUACACAUUGGCCUGGCCAUGGAUGCUGGAAUCAUGGGUGCUUUCCUCAUUGUGCCCCUGUUUGCGUUUUGGGCCACGCUGACUGUUGUUGUAUUAGUAGUUAUGGAGGGACUAUCAGCAUUUCUCCAUGCUCUCCGUCUCCACUGGGUGGAGUUCCAGUCCAAGUUUUACUCUGGAGAAGGAUACAAGUUCCAGCCUUUCUCCUUCGAAAAUAUGAUGGAGUAUGCCAUUGAAGAUUAACAUGCAACGUUGACAUUCGUAGUUAAAGACAUUAGAGGAUACAAUGUCAGUCGAUGUUAUUUAUUAAUACCAAUCAUCACACAGCUUCAGAGCCUGUCAUAAUACGAGAGAAAUUUACUAAUUAUGAGCUGUUGGAUAAACUUGAGAGAUCAUGCCAAGUUUACUUGAGAUUUUAUUCUCAGGCAAGAAAACAGAAAUAAUAUUUCUCAUGACAAAAUCUGUAAACAUGAUAUAAAAUCUUUUCUUAUGACAAAAUCUAUCUAAACACGACAUACCUAAGGUAAAAAUUAACUGUUUAUCAUUUAUGUAUAGGUACUAUGUACUACAUUAUACAGAUUUAUUAAAGUCAAUCUGGCAUAUUCCAACCAGCUUACACAAAUCUGUAGUAAUACCUCGGUACUUCAUAAUUAAGGAACGGAAAUAGAAAAAAAUUAUUUUUUCCAACCAAUAUAUACAAAUCUGUAGUAAUACCUCGGUACUUGAUAAUUAAGGGACGGAAAUAGAAAAAUAAAAUAAUUUUUCAAUCAAUAUAUACAAAUCUGUAGAAAUACCCCAGUACUUGAAAAUUGUUGGAAGGAAAUAGAAAAGAAUAUGCCUCCCCUUUUGUGUGCACAUUUAGAUUUAAAAUGGUAUGACUUUUCCUGAAUAUUUUUCAGACAUUAAAUGAUCUCUUCAAGACAGUUUACUUUUCCACAGUGCUGUCAAUACCUAGUGCUGAUCUGCCCUAGUAAACGGAGGUCACAUUAUUCUCACUCUGUUUGAUGAAAAAAUAUCCCUUAACGGAAGAAUAUUCGCAAAUCAUUUUGACUUCUCAAGAAAUCCUGUACUGACAAAAGCUGGUGACGGAUUUGUUUGUCUGCUGUUGUGUGAUCCGAGGCGUUAUAUAGAUGGUAACACAGAUAUAAAUUUGUUUUUUUAUUUAAAUAGAGAAUAUCGUUUGUGCUGUUCUGAGAGUGCUUCAUGUGAAUUAUUUUUGAUAUUUAUUAAGGUAAAAAAUGUUGUGGAUAAAUUUACCAAUGAACUGAUGUCGACACAAAGUACAAUCGAGGGUUCAAUGAUGGAGAUUUUAAUGGUGAUGAAUUAGGGAAAUAUGAUAAUUGUCAUACAUUGUACAUGCCAUUAUUGGGCUACAAAAUGAGGUUUGUGUGAAAAUGUAAGACUGAAUUCUAACAAUACCUAAAAAAAAUGUGAAAAUUUGUGACACAAUUGUACUACUAAUGAUCCGGUAUUGUUGUUUUGAAUGUUUUGAGUUUUUGUGUGUGUGUGUUUUUACGGUAUUUAAGUUUUAGUAUGUGGUAUGUUUGAGGUUAUUACUGGUAUUACUCGGUGUAUUUAUUGGUUAUUAACACUAUGGAUGUGUUUUUGUACUUGUAUAAUUCAGUGAUAUGAAUCUCACUUACUUGUUCACUGAUUUUAUCUUAAGUCAGAAAUGUCCCUCUCACAGGUACUGUCUGUCAUUGUAUACCUCCUAGAUACAUUGUCUACCCUACCCCCCAAGACAUUGUCUGUCACUGUUAACCUCCCAAAGACAUUGUCACUGUAAAUCUGCCGCAUUGUCCCUACCUCCUAGCCUGAUCAUCAUUUCAAAUCUAAUAAGUGAGAAAAAAAUUCAUAAUACCUACUGUCAACAAAGAGGAUUGGUGAGGUUGUUUCACUUGGAAAACUUCCGAUGACUUUCUGUGUACUUCUUCUUAAUAACCAUGAGGCCAAGAAUCAAGAUAUUCAAGAUCACAAGAGUCAAGGUCACUGUGUUAAAAACAUGUAAUGUAAGCCUCUCAAAAAAGAUCCAACAAGGAUCCAUAAAAUAUAGAGAAAUGUUAGCUAGAGUUUGAGUGUUACUAUUGAAGUUCGCUUAAGGAUGUUCGACUUGACCCAGUUCAAAGUUCACAAAGCGAUUUAUGUUGGCCCAUUGGGCAUCUUGUUAUAAAAUAAGUACUUACUACAUUAUUUUACUUAAUCAGAAUGAAAUCACAGUUAUUCAUGAAAACAUAGUUUUAUUGAUAUUUACUUCAUAUUUAAUACAUGUAUAUAAUAUUACGAGUAUGACGAUGUUUAGACUCUACAGGUAGGGUAUAGUUGGUCAUCACACCCUUGAUUACAGGUGGUGGAAAUAUUCCAUCUAGAGGCAAAGGAAAACUCAUUUCCAGACUGAUGUUUCACCACAUUUACAUACCACCCGUUCACCAAACUUCACCUAUUGUUACAUCUAUCUGUAAAUGUUGUCAUCUGCUGAAACUAGGUCACAGUGACCUAAAUUUCCUCAUUUCAUUAAUACUGCGGUUUAGUUUCCAGCCACAGUUUCAAUGCAUUUCCAUAAAGUUUUAUAACCUUUAUGUUUUGUGAACAUGUAUUUUGUUUCAUAUUAAACUAGAAUCUUGUGAACACUUUCUCUAUACUCAUUAAGUAUUCAAUGAGAAUUAACAUUUUCUACAAUUUAAGACAUAUCAUUAAUGUAGAUUACAUAUUUAAUAGUUACGCCUCUUUAACCUUGUAAGUUUUAUGUAACAGUGUACCUCAGAAGAAAAGAUUCUCCGUGUAAAUUUUGGCUGUGAUCUCCUUACAUUUGGGACCUAUACAUUGUCAUUGAGGAAUUCUGAAGGAACUUGUUUAUAUGUGAGACAAAAAAAUGAAGCAACCAAAAUUUCUAUCUGUUCGGCUUUGUUCAUUGUUACAUCUAUUUGCACAGGGACUCUAAUUCCCAAGCCAUUCUAUAUAUGUAUAGUAUGAUAUAUAAUAUAUGAAGGUAAACAUGUAUUGAGGCUGGGUUGGAAAUUUGUGCGAAGUCCCUGUGUCUAUCUCUAUUUCAUUUCUGUUUACCAGGAAAUGUUUGCCUCUGGAAACUUAAGGCCUCAAACAGAACAAUACUUCUUAGACCCAUUUUAAGAUUUGUCCAGAUCAUUGGGUAAAAAUGGUGAAAGUUAUACUGUGGAAAAGUUUAUAGUGCAUGGUAUACACCUAGCAUAUUAAUAUUGGCUACUUGUAAGGUGGGCUUCACAAAAAUGUCUUUUUCUUUUAACAGAACGGUGUAAUGUAAAAUGGCAGGGGUGAGAUUAUAAUAUGGUUUAUGUAGAUCAGUUAACAUUCCACAGUAGUGAGAUGUUAUAACUCCAAACAAUAGUGCUGGGGAGGAAAACUUGUUUAUAAAAUGCUUUAUUCCUUUUAAAAGCUUUAAUCACAUCAUGUAUAAUGUACCAGGUUUUCCUCAAAAACAUUACAGAACAUGUUUCUCAACUUAAUUAAACGUACAUUCUUUGUAAAAAUUCUUACAGAAGUUUUUGAAGAAAACAAGUAAUAUUUUUAGCUGAUGUCAUAGUGUGGCUUCCAUUGUCUAUUAAGUAGCGACUACUUUCUUUAAGAGAGAUUGAGUUAUUAUAUUGGGCCAGCAACUUACUGGGAUGAAGUCCAACAAAGUUUGUAAAAGAAAAUCAUUUUGAAGUCAUCAUCAAAUUUCACACAUGAAUAUUUAUUGCCUCAUUCCUACUUUCACUGACUUCUAUUUGACUUGCUGAUGUCCAGCUUGACCAGGUAAUACUUGCCUAUAAAUAGUCCAGUCAACAGAAACCACCUUUACUUACAUUGAAUUUGGAGUACUAGCAACAAGCUAGCUGUUAAAAAUGCUUUAAAGAAAGCAUUGCCUACCAGAUGAGCAAUACAGGCCUAUUGGGCCUUUUGUUACAUAAUAUCUGUAAAUUCAUCAGUUUAAAACACUUUCUCUGGGAAAGUACACUUUUCAAUGUGAUGUUCAAUGUUUAUGACAAUGUCUGUUUGUUUUUUGUUGUUUUUAGACCCGGUAUUGGACAAGUUUUUUCCUAUGAGAAUUUGGGGUCAUAUAUAUUGUCCUCAGCAUUAGAGAUAUCAUUGAGUUUUGUUUUUUGUUAAGUGCUGUUCCUAUGGAUGGUGUAUUAUGUGAUGGAUAUUAAAUGCUUUCAAUGGCAAUGAAA